AUGGUAGCACACAACCAGGUGGCAGCCGACAAUGCAAUCUCCACGGCAGCAGAGCCCCGACGGCGGCCAGAGCCUUCCUCCCCUUCCUCCUCUUCUUCCUCCUCCUCGCCCGCGGCCCCGGCGCGCCCGCGGCCCUGCCCAGCUGCUCCGGCUCCGACCCCGGGCGACACGCACUUCCGCACGUUCCGCUCUCACGCCGAGUACCGGCGCAUCACCCGGGCCAGCGCGCUCCUGGACGCCUGCGGCUUCUACUGGGGACCCCUGAGCGUGCACGGGGCGCACGAGCGGCUGCGCGCCGAGCCCGUGGGCACCUUUCUGGUGCGCGACAGCCGCCAGCGGAACUGCUUCUUCGCCCUCAGCGUGAAGAUGGCCUCGGGCCCCACGAGCAUCCGCGUGCACUUCCAGGCCGGCCGCUUCCACCUGGACGGCAGCCGCGAGAGCUUCGACUGCCUCUUCGAGCUGCUGGAGCACUACGUGGCGGCGCCGCCCCGCAUGCUGGGGGCCCCGCUGCGCCAGCGCCGCGUGCGGCCGCUUCAGGAGCUGUGCCGCCAGCGCAUUGUGGCCACCGUGGGCCGCGAGAACCUGGCGCGCAUCCCCCUCAACCCCGUCCUCCGGGACUACUUGAGCUCCUUCCCCUUCCAGAUCUGA